AUGGCUGUUACUCUUUUGAAGUAUUAUGAGGUUGAAUUUGGAAGUUUUGAUCUUCUUACGGACAAUGAAGUCAUGGAGGGGAUACAGAAGUAUUCUAACUGGCCGCAUUUACCACAAAUCUACUUCGAAGGGAGGGCUCGUGGUUUCCGUCACAUAGAAACUUUAAUGAAAGAUAUCAUGGUUAAAGAACCAAAGACUACAGAACUAAUUGAUGAAGAUGAAGAACUAAUGGAUGAAGAUGAAGAACUAAUGGAUGAAGAACAAAGAAAUGAAAUUAAGACUUUUCUUAUUCUACACCGGGGCCUCCUAGUCCUACUGGGAGAAAGGCUGAAGAAUCAAAGGGUGAGGAAUCAGAGGGUGAAGAAUCAGAGGGCGAAGAAUUUGAGGGGGAAGAAUUUGAGGGUGAAGCAUCAGAGGGUGAAGAACUAA